AUGUGUAGGGAAGAGAUACGUCUGGCAGAGGAAGACAAAGUGUAUGAAGAAGGUGAUUUUAUUUCCUUUGACAAGGCAGUUCUUCAAUGCAUUCUUCAUAUCACAGAUGAUGAUUCAGAUGAUGAUGAUGAUGAUGAUCAGAAAACCUUUUCAGCAGAUUUCAAGCUGCUACAAGAGGAGGUUUCCCGGAACAUAAAAUCGGCCGAGCUCUCAAAGGACAUGCAGGGUGUUGUGUUCUCCAACCUCCUGGCCGUGCUUAGGGACCGCGAGGCUCUUCAGGACCGCAAGGCUCUCCAGGACCUCAUGGACAAGCUUGAACAGGAACCCUUUGGUCAUUUGGAUGGCCCUGGUGGCACCAUCCUAACUGAACUGCGAAAGGACUCCCGCUAUCCAGAGGUUGGCUCAAAGUGCCUCAUCCUUUACCUGCUUGAAGCCUUAAUGGUGCUGAGUGACAUCCAACAUGUUCUGCUGGCUCAGUCCAUGGAGAAGAGGAUCCUCCUUCCGCAGAGGGACCUGGUAAGGAGCAUCCUGGAGCCCAACUUCAACUGCUCUGAGAACACUCCCUUUACCCUCCAGCCUGAGCUCCUGGCCCCACUCCAGGGGGAGGGCUUGGCCAUUACCUAUGGGCUGCUGGACGAGUGUGGCCUGGAGAUGGAGCUGAACAGCCCCAGGUCUACCUGGGACCCGAGAGCCAAGGAGCCCCUGUCUGCCCUCUAUGGGGCCCUCUCCGUGCUGAGCCAGCUUGCUGAGGCCUGAGCCCUCCUGGGGGCAGGCAGGGAGUCCGUCCAGUGAGGCUAGUCAGUCCUGGUCCGUCCUUUGCUGCAAACACCCCCAGGCUCUUCUCUGUAUCUGAGUCUAUAUCUAUUCCACAAAUAAGUGAUAAGUCUUUGUCUUUGAUUUAUUUCGCUUAGCACAAGACCCUCAAGGUUGGUCCAUGUUGUCACAAACCACAGACGACUCUGGCUGCUGAGUGGGGGGAUGGGUUGGAAGGUUGGGGGCCCACGUGGAUGUAGGGAGAACAUUGAAGGAGUUUCUCUAAUUGCCCAGGCACUCAGUGGUAUAAUUUAAAAGAUCAGUGGUAUAUCUGAAAAGGUAGGAGCUUGAAAAGUAGAUACAUUUAAUUCUGGUUGAAAUAGAUCCCAGGAAUACUUGGGGGAUAUAUAU